GGUGUCCGUGAGUCCGUGCUUCAUAAUCAUAGCUUUUAAGUUAUAUAACUUCUCUGAUUCAGUCCUAUUCCAAAGACAAAGAGCUCUUUGUGUCUUUCAUCCAUCUUAUUACACCUCAGUUUUCCUGGCUCCCAGAACUUUCUUUCAUACUCUCUGUUGCCUUGUGCCAUUCAUCAAUAGUUAAGGUCUUAAGGACACUAAAUCUUAUGGAGGUGACCAACCUUGUAGUCUUGCCAGCAGUUUUGGCAUUCUUUGUCCUUUGUCUAUAUUUCAUCACUAAAGUUGUUAGACUCGGGAAACAUCCAAACCUUAAUCUUCCUCCUGGAAGAUUAGGAUGGCCUAUUGUUGGAGAAACCUUUGACUUUAUGCGUACAAUGAAUGAGGGAAACGUGUUAAGGUUCAUACAAGAGAGAGUGGAGAAAUAUGACGCCAGGGUGUUCAAGACUUCAAUGUUUGGAGAUCCUGUUGUUGUGUUUUGCGGGCCAGCUGGGAACAAGUUCCUAUUUAGCAAUGAGAACAAGAAUGUUCAAGUGUGGUGGCCUAGUUCGGUAAGGAAGUUGUUAAGGUUGUCUCUGGUUAAUAAGGUUGGUGACGAGGCAAAGAUGGUGAGAAGAUUGCUCAUGAGCUUUCUUAAUGCAGAAACACUCAGAAACUACUUGCCAAAAAUGGAUAGCAUUGCUCAGCGCCAUAUAGACACCUAUUGGGAAGGAAAGGAGCAGGUGUUUGUCUAUCCCAUAGUACAGCUAUACACGUUUGAAUUGGCUUGUUGCUUAUUUUUAAGCAUUGAAGACUCUGACCAUAUAUCAAAGCUUUCCUUAAAAUUUGAUGAAUUUCUGAAAGGGAUGAUUGGCUUCCCCCUUAACAUUCCUGGAACAAGGUUUCAUCGGGCAAUGAAAGCUGCAGAUGCAAUAAGGAAAGAAAUUAGAAUGAUUCUAAAGAAAAGGAAAGUGGAUUUGGAGGAGAAGAGGGCAUCAGCUACUCAGGACCUUCUAUCACACAUGCUUGUCACAUCUGACCCCAGUGGAAGGUUUACGACUGAAAUGGAGAUUAUUGAUAACAUACUUCUUCUACUUUUUGCCGGUCACGAUACUUCUAGAUCAGUGUUAUCAUUGGUCAUGAAGUAUCUUGGACAAUUGCCUCAUGUUUUUGAACAUGUCUUGAAAGAACAACUUGAAAUUAGUCAAGGGAAAGAGGCAGGGCAGUUGUUGCAAUUGGAAGAUGUUCAGAAAAUGAAAUACUCUUGGAAUGUUGCAUCUGAAGUCAUGAGGCUAUCCCCACCUGUGAGUGGUGCUUACAGAGAAGCUAAAGAGGAUUUCACCUAUGCUGAUUAUAACAUCCCUAAAGGGUGGAAGCUGCAUUGGAACACCGGUUCAUCACACAAGGAUCCAGCACUCUUCUCGAAUCCCGAAACUUUUGAUGCUUCAAGGUUUGAAGGAGCAGGGCCUACACCAUUUUCAUAUGUUCCAUUUGGUGGUGGCCCCCGAAUGUGUUUGGGUCAAGAGUUUGCUAGACUAGAGAUACUUGUGUUCAUGCAUAAUAUCGUGAAACGGUUCAAGUGGGAUUUGGUGAUUCCUGAUGAGAAGUUUAAGUAUGACCCCAUGCUAGAACCAGUAGAAGGACUUGCAAUUCGACUCCAUCCUUCCCAUUUCUAGUUUAAUACCAUCAUUAUACGCAUAAUACAUUGAUUAGAAGCUUUCUAAGUAGUCAUCUUAUAUUGCUAUAUUAGUAUUUUAAUAAAACUUUUUGCUACAUCGGUUAGCAGCUUUUUUGUAACUGCUUUCAUGAGUUUUAUGAUGUAUUCAUUUCAAUAAAACUUUGAUUAUUCUGUUAUGUACAACAUACAUAUAUAGUUCAUGUC